UGUCGCAAAAAAUAAUAACAACAAAUAGCCGUGUGUAGUAGUUUCGUUGUGUAUCGUGCUUUCCGUGAGCCCAAGCAGCGGUAUUUUGUGAAAGAACAGCUCGAACAGGGCGGACAGCGGCUGCCUAAAAACCGCGACUCGUGAGCAAUCGCCAUCCAGGUUUUCCAUUCCAACUUCUGCUACAGAACGAUUGUUAAACCACGCGGCGUCACCAUGGAAGACGGCGAAGGAUCGGCGGCGGCCAAAUCCCCGCAAAUCACCGACAGUUCCUUUCGAAAGUCGUUGUACGCGCUGGAACAGUGGCCCAGCGCAAUCGAGUCGCUCCGCAAUCAGAACCAGUCGCCGGAAUUCGCCAACAUGAUCGGCAAUCUGAUAGACCGGACUCUCUCGGAACUCGAAGUGGUUUCCUCUCUCGUGGACAAGCAGUCUAAGAAGCAGGAACUUCAAGGCGGCGACAAGGGUACCGAGACAGCGCCGAACCCUGGGCCGAGUGCCGAGAAAGGAGAGGAAGCCGGUCAUGAAAGCAGCGCACCUGCCGAGAACCCGAAAAGGCCGUGUACCGAAGAGGCCGCCCCACAGCAGGAGGAGGUUCCCAAACCACCGGUUGUGAAGAAAGCGCGCAUGAAGUACACUCCCUUGAGAAAGCCCAGUGUCUAAAGUGAACUGCCGUGUUGUUGCACCGAUUUCCGGCUUUGUUUUAUUUGUUCACGACCCAACGUGCAGUUAUUCCUCUC